CGAAGCCAAGCAUCUGGGGAAGCACAACCUCGACCAGCUCGGCCAGCUGGCACAGGCCGAGACUCAAGACCGCCCUUUUGACUUUUGAGGCUCAACAAGACCUCAUCCCACGCGCACGUCGAUACAUCUUGGAACCAUGCGCGAACGUAUCACAUAUGUGCAGAAGCUGGGCGACUCGAUAGAGCCAUCCGCGAUCACCAUCGAGGGUGGCACGAUCCGUGGGCCGGAGAUACACGCUGCUCUCGAGGAUAGGCUGACCAUUGCCCUCCGUGAGCUCCCACUGGAGCUGCAAGUUCUGCUCGGCGACACCCGAAACCUGCAUAUCCGAUGGGUCAGCAAAGCUGCGUAUGACGCUGUUAGCCCGCUGCUUGCGAGGCUGCCUCCCGGCUUUCACCUCUUCACAACUCCUGGGACUGAAGAUGUGAUGUCAAAUAGGUUAUGUACGACAUUGAGCGAGCUAUUCGGAGAUAUCUCCUGCUCAACUCCUGCUGAAUCAUUCACAUCGUUACCCCGGGACACUUCCACUCAGUCGACGGCAUUUCAGUACUUCCAGGCGCUUGACAGCCUAUCACAUUUCAUUGACUAUGCCAAGAUCAAUUUAUGUCCAGAAAACGACACCUCCUGCUCUACCAGGCUAGACAGCCUGAUCAGAGCCAGCUCACUCGACAUCUCAUAUGACGCCGCUCAGCAUGUCAUCCGUCUUACCGCCCUUUGGCCCUACCAACGCCAGCCGGUGCAUGCCACAUCGCGUCCGCAAUACCGAACUGAAGUAGGCAUUCUCUCCGUCGACAAACCGAAGACCCUGGAGGCGCACGAAGUCGGGAUUUCAGGCCUCCUCACUGUCCUCGGCCAAGACUCGAAGCCCUCACCGACCAUGUUCAGUUUCGCCUCACGCCACCGCGACGCCAGAUCCAGUUUCUCAGCUCGAUUUCUCACUCCAACCGGACUCCAUCCGACUUUACAGCUUCUUCUCAGUUCCAAUCAACCCCCUUCUUCGUCUCCUCCCCACGAUGACGACGGGGAUACCCGCUGCUCCCCGUACGCUUACCUCACGCUGCCCAGAAUAGUCUUCGCAGACAAGUAUCAACUGUCCGAUCCCCUCUAUCUCACUUCUAAGAACCUCACCGCCCUGCGAUACAUCACCCAGCCUGUGGAUCUCGAAGCACCCGAGUAUGUGAUGCAACAAUGGGGGUCUGCUGUCCUGGUUGAGCUCUCCCCACCUCCGUCUCCCCGAGGUUCGAGCAUGCAGCAGUGGACGGCUGAAAUACCGCUCCACCUGCGGUACCUCACGCCCGCACAGGGCGGUUACUCGACCAUCGAUGUCCCGUACCCUGUCGUGUUCUGGGCCUGUGAGGCCGAUGAGGGAACGGAGUUCCCGCCCAACCCCUUUGAGAAGGCCAAUCUGGGGUAUGACGGCUUGUUCAAUGCCGGGACGGUGUUUUGGCAUGUCAAGCCGCAACCGGCUGACAGUAGCAGUCGGUUGUUGGUGAGUUCGGUGCGAGUGCCGGUACUAGAUCUGGGUAAGGCGAGCUGGGUCAACACCGGAACCGCGGUAGCGGUGAUGCUCGGGUUUGUAUGGGUUGUGUGGAAGUUGGUUGCCGUGUAUUUGAGGGGGGGCCAUGAAGCGAGGGCAGAGAGCGAAAAGAAGUCGCAAUAAUCAUCGUCAUCCACAGUGGGAAGUGCGCCUUUAGACGCGGGCUUUCGUCGGACUGUGGUAAUGAUGGGAGGAUCAUCCGUGCCGUAUGGUUGUAAUCAAGGAAGAUGCAUGAUAUUUAGGGACUGAGACGUGGCGGUAUCGCAAAUGCCGAAUACAUCUAGAAGAACCGGCCCUUGUGGAGGGAGUGCUCCUCCCGGAGCUGGAAAUGAAUGAUGUUGAAUUCUAGUUCUAAGCUCUACAUACUUCAGGACAUGGCAAAAAAGGUAUAUGCAACGUACUAGUAUUCUAUACAUGCAUCACCUUGAGCAGUCUCACCGCACAAGGCCGAACAUCUCACAUUCUUGAGGUAGUAGUGCUGCCGCGCCCGCAUAGUGAGACGCACAGUGUAGUGUGCAUCCUCGCAAGAAGGAAGUCGUACAGUUCAAAUCUGAAGAGACCUGCGUCGACUUGGAAGAUCCUCAC